UCGUCGUCUCCAACAGAAGUCUUGUGUUCCGUCUUUUCUCUGUUUUCCGAUGCGAGGCGUGCGUUCAUACAACCUGGGCUUUGACAGUGAAAGUCAAACCUACAUCUGCUGUGACACCGACCGCUGCAACUAUGAGGACCAGCCAUUCCCUGAUGUGACCCCUAACGGUCUUCAGUGUUACACCUGCCCAGACCCCCAAAGCCCCAGGUGCACCCAGAUGGUGGACUGUGUGGGGGUCCAGGACCGCUGUAUCGGUGGAACAGAACCAAACGGCCUGAAAUCGUACGGAUGCGUCUCCACGAACAUGUGUGACCCCGUUCCCCCUGGGGUGGACCCGGGUCAAACCAGCAGCACCGGACCCACCUGUUGUGAGUCCAGUUUAUGUAACCGGGCUGGACCUCGUCCUGACUCUGGACACAAGGACUCCGCCUCCUCUGGAGAGAACUCUGCCCCCUCCGUCGUCCUGGGCGUCUUCUGUGUUCUGAUUCCACUCACUGCUUUAAUCAUCUGAGGAUGAACCAAAACAAACACCUGAACUGGUCCCA